UCUUCCGGUAAGAUAAUUCAGGUGUAAUGCGUACGUUACAGACAAGCAGGUCACCUGACACGUCUGUCUGACUACAUAAAAGUACCAAGAUCCUCUUAAUCGGCACAGGACAAGUGCCCAACUCAGGAGGGAUCAUGGCUUUUUACAACCGACCUACAUGCGUUACACUUUCGGUUUGUUUGUUGACCCUUCUUAUGUUGGGACCUGGAUGUAUAGCGCGCUACACUGCCGACUGGACCAGUCUGGAUGCCAGACCGCUGCCCCAGUGGUACGACGAGGCGAAGAUCGGGAUUUUCGUACACUGGGGGGUCUUCUCGGUCCCUGGCUUCGGGCAGUAUAGUGAGUGGUUCUGGUACUGGUGGCAGUCCGCGAAGCGCGCAGACGAAGUUGAGUUCAUGCGGAAAAACUAUCCGCCGGGUUUUCAGUAUACGGAUUUUGCGCCCCAGUUUCGCGCAGAGUUCUUCGAUCCGAACAACUGGGCAGAUAUAUUCAAAGCCUCCGGGGCCAGGUAUGUGGUAUUUACAACCAAGCACCAUGAAGGAUUUACAAACUGGCCCUCAGCAGUCAACUGGAACUGGAACUCAAUGGAUGUGGGCCCCCACCGUGACCUGGUGGGAGAGGUGUCUGCAGCUAUCAGGAAGAAGUCACUGCACUUGGGUCUCUACCACUCUCUGUAUGACUGGUACAAUCCCCUUUACUUGCUGGACAAAGCCUCCGGAUUCAAGACACAGAAUUACGUUGCCCUUAAGGCUCUUCCAGAGUUAGUGGACCUUGUGAUGACGUACAAACCCGACCUCAUAUGGUCUGAUGGGGACUGGGAAGCACCAGAUACCUACUGGAACUCUACCCAGUUUCUGGCCUGGCUCUACAAUGACAGCCCAGUCAAGGAUGCGGUGAUUACCAAUGACAGAUGGGGUAAGGGCUGCUAUUGCAAACAUGGCGGCUACUACAACUGUGCUGACAGGUACACGCCUGGUCAACUUCCAAACCAUAAAUGGGAGAAAUGCCAGUCCAUUGACAGUCGUUCCUGGGGCUACCGAAGAAACAUGAAGCUAAGCGAAAUCAUGGACCUGCCCUCCAUCAUAAAGGAUUUGAUGUAUGUGGUGGCAAUGGGUGGUAACUACCUGCUGAACGUAGGGCCAAUGGCAGAUGGCAUGAUUGCCCCUGUGUUUGAGGAGAGACUGAGGGGACUUGGUGCCUGGUUGGACAUCAAUGGGGAGGCCAUCUAUGCUACCAAACCGUGGAAGGUCCAGACAGAGAACAGCACAGUCACUGUCUGGUACACUGCCAAAAACAAUACAGUUUAUGCUGUCAUGCUUGGCUGGCCGCCCAAACAGCUACUUCAGCUCACAACACCAAAGACAUCUGCGGCCACAAAAGUCACACUUCUGGACUAUCCUAAUGUGCCACUGAAGUGGGCACCACUGACACAAAGAGCUGGACUGACGAUUGUUCUGCCUGCUAUGCCAGCAUCAGCUGGGAAUGCCUGGUCACUGAAACUGGAGGGAGUUAUAUAAAGCCAGAGUUGGAACUAAAUCAUUUUUAGAUCAAGGAUUUAUUACACUUUACUUUCUGAGUGUGUGUGUGUGCAAUUGUAAAUUGAAUGAUGAUGAUUUAAAUGUGAGGGUUACUAUGCACAGAAGUAUUAAAAUGCUGUCAAAGCCUCAUAGCAGGAAUGAAAACCCCCAAAUUGCCUUUUAGAAUGAAUAAUUUAAUCACAGGUGGAUGAAUGUUAACACAAACCCACUUUUUGAGGUUUUCCUUAAAAAAAUAAAUAAUGUGUAUAGUACA